CCAAUGGAGCUGGAGGGCCAGUGGUGGAAAGGCCAACUUGCUGGAGAUAUUUACCAUGCUCUACGUUACAAGGAGCUGAGGCUGCCUGUUUACAAAGGUCAGUCGCCACAACUGAACCUUCGACGCUACUUUGCAGACCUCAUCGCUAUAGUGAGCAACCGGUUCAGGCUGUGUCCUGCAGCUAGACACCUGGCUGUGUACCUGCUGGACCUCUUCAUGGACCGCUAUGACAUCUCUGUGCAGCAGCUCCACAUGGUGGCACUUUCGUGCAUACUUCUGGCUAGUAAGUUUGAAGAAAGAGAAGACAGAGUGCCGAAGCUGGAAACCCUCAACAGCCUCGCUUGUAUGAGCUCCAUGAACUUGGUGUUGACCAAACCAGGCCUAUUGCACAUGGAGCUGCUGCUGCUAGAGACCUUCCACUGGAACAUCUACUUACCCACAGCUGCCCACUUCAUCGAGUAUUACCUGUCGAUUGCUGUCAGUGAAACAGAUCUACAUGAUGGCUGGCCAAUGGCAUGCUUAGAGAAGACAAUGUUGUAUAUGAACAAAUAUGUAGAUUACUUUCUGGAAGUCUCUUUGCAAGACCAUACAUUUCUACGAUUUGCGCCAUCAUUGAUAGCUGCUGCCUGUGUGGCUUCAUCUCGGGUAAUCCUGCAUUUGGUUCCAACCUGGCCUCCUCGUCUACAGCGGCUGUCUGCCUACACUUGGGAGCAGCUACUGCCCUGUUUGGAGAGACUACUUCUUGCCCAUGAUAGUGAUGUAAAGGAAGCCAACAAGCAAAAGUGCCAACUACAGCAACCCAGUCCACAGACAAGGCAGGCCAUGUAUCCAGCACAAAGCCAGAGUGCCACAGUAGCCCAGUAUGUCCACAGACCGGCCUUGCAGUUCACCCAGCAGAGCUGCCAACCUGCGCUGGCUUCGGCCCAUGCCUCAAGUGCCUACCUGUGCCACAAUGGUUCACUGCAGGCAUCUAGUGGCCAAUCACAUGGGCAAGCACAGGCUCAGACUGUCUCUGUACCAUUGGAUUCUAAGAUGAUGCCAAACAGGUCCUACCAGGUGAACUCUGUUUACUCAUGCACAGCACCAUGCUUCAACAGGUGAUGGCAACUGGACACCAGCUACAAACUGAGCAUUUAAUUAUA